ACCGUCUACACCAGUUAUAGUGCAGAGUAGAAGAGUAAUGCAUUACACAAAGCGAGAGUGUAUUUGUUAGAGCUGGUGUAACCUGUGGUGUUGACUAUGGUGAAACUUGUCAGUAAACAACGAAAGGCAAUGCUGUUGUUACAUACUAUGCUAUUUGCCUGUUUGGCUCUUCGCACUGCAAGUAGCGCCGGACCUCUUACCCGGUUAUUCCGUCUAGUGAACAAACCACCGGACUCAACAAGUGAUGACAUACCUGCGAGUGGACGUUGGACGACGGAACCGACUGCUAAACCUGAGGGACCACAGAUGAGUAAGACAGAAGUUACUGAUUAUAUCAUGGUGUUAAAGAAAAGGUUCGAAGACUUAGGAAUAUCGUUAGAUAAUUAUUUCACCGAUGAAGUGACGAAAGGAGAGACGAAUGGAGAUGACUGUCUGACAAAUGAACCCGAAAAGAUUUCGAAACCUGAAACAAACGUUCCAGCCAUUCUGGCACGACUCAAGCAGUUCAUAUCUGUCGACAGUCCGUCUAAAAGUCCAACGAGCGGAAAUAUUCAGCCAGCCAAUCACCAGCCAGCUAUUCAUUCAGCCCGUAAUCAGGCAGAUCCGGGUUAUCUGUCAGGCGUUGACGUAUUAAAAUUAGAGGUAUUGCAGUUUUUCGAGAACAACCCGUCAGUAGAGGAAAUGUUCAAGGAAGACGGCCAGACGACUGAAAGUAACAGGCAUACCAACGUUCUCGCUACUCCUCUACCAGACAUCGUGAAGUCGGGCUUGACCGGUAAUACCGGAUAUGAGAUACUUGCUGCCCACCCGGACGAACCAAUGUCAGAUUUCCCUUACUUGGACGCUCCCAUUCCAUACAGGAACAGACGGUAUAGACCAUCAAGGCGACGUAACAACAGAUCAAGGUCAAGGACGUCUUUUGUUCAUAAGACAAGAUCGAAAAUGAUUUACAAGGUCAGAUCUUCCGACAGACCCCGGCGACGACAGAAGCCAUCACCUAGGUAUUCGGCACGUACUUCCGGCAGACGAAUGACGAGGAAGAAAAUGGCGAGAAAGAAUAGGAGAAGAAAGGACAGAAAUAACAAGAUUGAUGAAAAAUCAAGGAGGAAAGAAACAAUUGUGAAAAAGCAAUGUGUCCCCAAGAAGACAAUCACUGAUAACAAGGACAGCUCGAAUAGAGAUAGCGGCAAUGAAGAUAUUAACAACGGUUACACUAAUAAGGUUACGACCGACAGUAGCAGCAGCAGGGAGAGUAGUACAACAUCACAAAGUGUUGGUAGUGAGAGUAAUGAUCGCGAAAACAGUCGUAUUGAGGAUAGUAGUAGUGACAGUGACAGACAUGGAAACAGUCGUAAUGAAAGUAGUGAAAGUAGUCGUAGUGAAAGUGACAAUAGCGAAAACAGUCAUAUUGAGAGUAACCGUGAAAGCAGAAGCGACGAAAACAAUCGUACCAAAAGUAAAAGUAAUAGUGAAAUAGGUAGUAGUGAAAACAGUGGGGUUGAAAAUAGCCGUAGUGCUGACAGUAGCAGUAAUGAAAAGAGUCGUGAAGAAAGUAAGCGUAAUAGUAACAGUCGUAUUGAAAGAAGUAGCGAUAGUGAAAGAAGCAAUACUGAAAGUGACAAUGGUGAAAACAGUCGUGUUGAAAGUAAAAGUGAAAGUAGAAGUAAUAGUGAAAGUAGAAGUAAUAGUGAAAAUAGAAGUAAUAGUGAAAAUAGAAGUAGCGAAAACAGUGAAAGUGACAAUAGUGAAAACAGUAGUGUCGAAAGCAAUAGUAAUAGUGAAAGUAUUACAAGUAGUCAAAGUAGUAGCAGUGAAAACAGUCGCAUUGGACAAAGUGGAAAUAGUGACAGUAAUACAGGUAGUGAAAGCAGAAGUAGUGAAAAUAGCCGUAAUAGUGAAAGUAGCAGAAGUGAAAGUAGCUAUAGUGAAAACAGUCGCGUAGAAAGUAGCCGUAAUAGUGAAAGUUGUAGUGAAAGUGGUAGUGGAAGUGGUAGUGAAAGUGAUAGUGAAAGUGAUAGUGAUAGUGAUAGUGAAAGUGAUAGUGAAAGUGGUAGUGAAAGUGGUAGUGAAAGUGGUAGUGAAAGUGGUAGUGAAAGUGAUAGUGAAAGUGGUAGUGAAAGUGGUAGUGUAAGUGAUAGUGAAAGUGGUAGAGAAAGUGGUAGUGAAAGUGGUAGCAGUGAAUUUAGUAGAAUCGGAAGUAGAAGUAACAGUGAACGUAGUAGCAGUGAAAACAGUCGCAUUGGACAAAGUGGUAAUAGUGACAGUUAUACAGGUAGUGAAAGCAGAAGUAGUGAAAAUAGUCAAAGCGAAAGUGACAGUAACAGUGAAAGUAGCAAUAGUGAAAACAGUAGAGACGGUUAUAGUAAUAGCGUCGAUAGUAACACUGAUAGUGACAAAAGCGACAACAGUAUAGAAACUGAUAGCAAUAGCGAAGAUACUAGUAGUGAAAGUGGCGAUAGCAAAGACAGUGGUAGUGACGGUAACAGUGAUAGUGACAGCAGUACAAGGAAUGAAAGUAUAAAUAGUGAAAACAGUCGAAUGAAAAGUAAUAGUAAAAGUGACAACAGUGACAACAGUCGUACUGAAAGUAGUAGUGACAGCGGUAGUAACCACAGCAACGAAGACGACGGCGAUAAGUACGGUCGUCUAAGUACACGUUAUCGAUACCUUGACAAAUAUUCCAAAUAUCGCCAGAAAUAUCUUAAAUACAAAUCGAAAAAUCUUGAACGUCUACGAAAGAAAAAUCGAAGCAAUAAUGGAUUAGAUAUAUCAGGUAAUAAUGACGAUAGACAGACGCGUAGAAGAAGAAACGACGACCACGACAUCAGAGAAUGGCGGGCCUCUAUGAUGAGUAGUAGUAGAAAGGCCAGGAGCAAGGGUGGUGACGACGGACAUGUUCAUGUAAGCAAUAGCAUAUCAAAAACCGGUAAAGAGAAUCCUAAAGAUAUCAUUAAUUUAUACGACUCUUCAGACGAAAACGAUAUGGGAAUCGACAACCAUCUAUUCCAUACCGAUUACGAUGACUUUGAUGAAAAUUAUGAUGAAAGUAGUGAUGAUAAUGAGAGCAGCGAAGAAGAUGACAAGAACGAUGUUGACGUAAGUAACGAAUCCGAUUCAAGAGAGGAGUCCUCCUCUAGAAUUAUUGGGAAUGGUAGUGUGGGAGAAGAGGAUGAUGACACUGACGAUAACGAUUCAAGUAAGAGUACAGAUGAGGAGCCGGAUAACGGUGUCCGGAGAAAGCGACAAUGAAUCCCUUCCACUCCGUCGUCCCUGACAUAACAUACUGGUGUGUGUGUAUUUGUAACGAUAUGGAGUGGAGUAACCAUUAUUAUCGGUUAUUAAUGUCUUAUGUAUGGUAUGAUGAUCGUGUUUUCAUCCAUGGUUCCGAUUGCGUAAAAUGAUGAUACAUACUAAUACGUCUACCUGUAAUAUCAUGAUUAUUUUGUACUGGGAAGAUAAAAAUAUUGUACAUGAAAUAAAUGAAUAAAUAUUGAUUAAUAAAAUAUCAGUCCUAAAAGCUCUAUUUUUAAAACUGCAUAUGGAAUGUUCUUGAAAUAACCAACAAGUAAUUAUCUUCGUAAUUGAAAACGUCAAGGAAGUACUCAAUACGCUUUGUUUCAUUGAUUUUAAUUAAGUAAAGACUGUGUUAACUUGGCUCAUGUUUCAUGAAGGGACGAUUUGUUGUUAAGAAACGACGUCGAGAAUUAUUCAAAAUACUGACGAAUUCUACGAGAUAUCACCCAUACAGAAAUUUAGUCAAUUAUGUUUUCCAAUUCUACAAAGUAUCUAUUUCCAUUCAGACUUUCACAAUCUUCAUUGCAAAAUGUAUCUCAUGGACGAUUUAACCCGCCCAGAAGUGCCGACAGAUUUAUGAAAACGUCAUUGAUAAUUUGAAAAAUCCAUCUCAAAGUGAGAUAAUUGGAAACGUG